AUGUCCAUCCUAACCCGAGCACAGAUGCUCCUGGCAGUGCCCUUAGUUGCAACUCUUACCCUCGGCGCCGCCGCCGCAACCACCUGGAACUACCGCCGGGCCAGCUCCUGGAGCAACCCCGACGGCGGCAACACCAAGGCAGACCUGGCUGACCACAAGGUCAACUACGGAAGCACUCCCCCCUGGGACGCUCUCGACAAGAUCAAGGACCACUGCCUCUCCAACGGCUGCAGCAGCGACAGCAAAUUCGAGAUUGACACCAAUGUCGUCAAGGAUGACCAGCUCAUCGGCGCCAAGAUCAAGAUUGCUGUUGGCGGCUCCUUCAAAGACCCUGGCCAGGAGGGUAGCCUCGACCAGUUGGUUGAGAUUGUCAAGAAUGUUGCCGCCCACUCCCCCUAUGAUGUGAAGAAGGGCGUCCCUUACCAGGUUGGCAAUGGCUGUAUUCCUGGGGCCGCAGGUCCGACGCCCUGCGAUCCGGGCAAAACCGAGCACGUUGACCAGUACCACCUCACUGACAUGAUUGUGGUCCGCGUCGAGGGCAAGAGUGGCGAUCAGAAGGCCGACAUGAACGUACACGUCACUAUUGAAGUUCCUGAUGUCGGCGGUGGUGUCUGUGCCGAUAUUACCAAGGUCGGUGGUGCCAUGGCUGGUGCUCUCAAUGGUAUUUUGGGCGGAAUCUUCACCCUUGCUUCUGUUGGUUGCAAGUAA